AUGCUUCAAGAAACUAGCAAUAAUGCUCAAGAUUUACCAAAACUCAAUAUAGACGAAGUUGCUAUGAUAGAAAAUAAUCUGAUUCUUUUUGAGUCAUUUAUUGAAGCAAUCAAGCAUGAUUACAAAAAUGGUGGGCCACAACUUCAAAAUGCUCUUGAAAA